AUGUGCAAAAGGAUGGGUCAUUUUAUGAAUCAGAAGAGGAGCCUUUUGGAUGUUCUCUGCGUGUAUUUGUCUGUUUCUGUAGUUCACUCCUACAACAUUGACUUAGAACAUGCUAUUGUGUUCCGUGGACCUGACUCGAGUUUCUUUGGAUACUCUGUUCUGGAGCACUAUCAUGACAAUACGCGCUGGUAAGUCUCAUAAGCUAUCAAGAGGAAACAGGUAGGCCUAUCAAGCUGUUAUUGCAAUGGGGACUGUUCAUGCACUUAUGUAUCCCCGUUGCUUGACCAUUAAUGGCACGAUUUGGUUGUUGCGCAAUUGGUAUGGAUUGUAUUUGGGCCAUUCACAUUUGUGCGCACUGUGCAACCUGCUUGCAUAUGUUGAAGAAUAGCCUAAUGAUGUGAGCUAUAACCUACAAAAUCACAACGUUAAUAAGUGUAAUUUUCGAAAUCAAUAGACUGUCUCAAUUGACGGUGUGUGGAUGAAGUUUGCUCAAUAGUCUACUGCUGUGCGUAAACGCCUUUCUCUUGUUUAGAAAAACAGUCGAUUUCUGUAACGGUGACAUAUAGUCUUAUCUUAAUUAUGUCAACAGUUUGAUUGAUGUGCAGUGUUGCAGAAUGUGCAUGUUGUUUGGUUUCUUUUGCUUUUGGACCUUUGUUCUGUAGCAGCCUAGCCGACAUGUCCCAGAUUACAGCAUGUAGCAGCCUAGGUGACCUGUCCCAGAUUCCAGCAUGUAGCAGCCUAGCUGACCUGUCCCAGAUUCCAGCAUGUAGCAGCCUAGCUGACCUGUCCCAGAUUCCAGCAUGUAGCAGCCUAGCUUACCUGUCCCAGAUUAUAGCAUGUAGCAGCCUAGCUGACCUGUCCCAGAUUCAAGCAUUUAGCAGCCUAGCCGACCUGUCCCAGAUUCCAGCAUGUAGCAGCCUAGCCGACCUGUCCCAGAUUCCAGCAUGUAGCAGCCUAUUUGAUCUGUCCCAGAUUCCAGCAUGUAGCAGCCUAGUUGACCUGUCCCUGGUCAGUCUAUGUCAUGGAAAGAGCAGGUGUUCCUAAUGUUUUGUACACUCAGUGUGUACAAAACUCGGGUGGAAUUGUGGAAUUGUGAAAAAGGGGUGGAAUUGUGAAAAAGUCACCAAAAUUAUUUAUUUUUGGGAACUCCGGUUCCACAUGUUCCCCCCCUGAAUAUAGGCAUACUUGUCUUGAACAUGGGGGGAAUGACUCUGUGCUACAGUGGGUCUGAUGAAGACGAUAAAGAGAUGCCAUUAUGCCACUUCAUUGUGACAGGAUGUGUGUUGUCACUGUAUCCUUGACGCUGGGUGAUCCUUCAAGGUGUUCUUAUCUUCCUACUGUUCUCCUUCUUCACUGUGUGACAUCAUCAUGACUGUCCCUCCCAUUGUCUCUGUCUACACGGUGCUGGUAGGGGCCCAUUGUCUCUGUCUACAGUGUGCUGGUAGGGGCCCAUUGUCUCUGUCUACAGGGUGCUGGUAGGGGCCCAUUGUCUCUGUCUACAGGGUGCUGGUAGGGGCCCAUUGUCUCUGUCUCCAGGGUGCUGGUAGGGGCCCAUUGUCUCUGUCUCCAGGGUGCUGGUAGGGGCCCAUUGUCUCUGUCUACAGGGUGCUGGUAGGGGCCCAUUGUCUCUGUCUCCAGGGUGCUGGUAGGGGCCCAUUGUCUCUGUCUACAUGGUGCUGGUAGGGGCCCAUUGUCUCUGUCUAAAGUGUGCUGGUAGGGGGCCAUUGUCUCUGUCUACAGGGUGCUGGUAGGGGCCCUUUGUCUCUGUCUACAGUGUGCUGGUAGGGGCCCAUUGUCUCUGUCUACAGUGUGCUGGUAGGGGCCCAUUGUCUCUGUCUACAGUGUGCUGGUAGGGGCCCAUUGUCUCUGUCUACAGGGUGCUGGUAGCGGCCCAUUGUUUCUGUCUACAGUGUGCUGGUAGGGGCCCAUUGUCUCUGUCUACAGUGUGCUGGUAGGGGCCCAUUGUCUCUGUCUACAGUGUGCUGGUAGGGGCCCAUUGUCUCUGUCUACAGGCUGCUGGUAGGGGCCCAUUGUCUCUGUCUACAGUGUGCUGGUAGGGGCCCAUUGUCUCUGUCUACAGGCUGCUGGUAGGGGCCCAUUGUCUCUGUCUACAGUGUGCUGGUAGGGGCCCAUUGUCUCUGUCUACAGUGUGCUGGUAGGGGUCCAUUGUCUCUGUAUACAGUGUGCUGGUAGGGGCCCAUUGUCUCUGUCUGCAGGGUGCUGGUAAGUGCCCAUUGUCUCUGUCUACAGUGUGCUGGUAGGGGCCCAUUGUCUCUGUCUACAGUGUGCUGGUAGGGGCCAAUUGUCUCUGUCUACAGGGUGCUGGUAGGGGCCCAUUGUCUCUGUCUACAGGGUGCUGGUAGGGGCCCAUUGUCUCUGUCUACAGUGUGCUGGUAGGGGCCCAUUGUCUCUGUCUACAUGGGGCUGGUAGGGGCCCAUUGUCUCUGUCUACAGGGGGCUGGUAGGGGCCCAUUUUCUCUGUCUAUAGUGUGCUGGUAGGGGCCCAUUGUCUCUGUCUACAGUGUGCUGGUAGGGGCCCAUUGUCUCUGUCUACAGGGUGCUGGUAGGGGCCAUUGUCUGUCUACAGGGUGCUGGUAGGGGCCCAUUGUCUCUGUCUACAGUGUGCUGGUAGGGGCCCAUUGUCUCUGUCUACAGGGUGCUGGUAGGGGCCCAUUGUCUCUGUCUACAGGGUGCUGGUAGGGGCCCAUUGUCUCUGUCUACAGUGUGCUGGUAGGGGCCCAUUGUCUCUGUCUACAGGGGGCUGGUAGGGGCCCAAUAUCUCUGUCUACAGGGUGCUGGUAGGGGCCCAUUUUCUCUGUCUAUAGUGUGCUGGUAGGGGCCCAUUGUCUCUGUCUACAGUGUGCUGGUAGGGGCCCAUUGUCUCUGUCUACAGGGUGCUGGUAGGGGCCAUUGUCUGUCUACAGGGUGCUGGUAGAGGCCCAUUUUCUCUGUCUACAGUGUGCUGGUAGGGGUCCAUUUUCUCUGUCUACAGUGUGCUGGUAGGGGCCCAUUGUUUCCUUCUACAGUGUGCUGGUAGGGGCCCAUUUUCUCUGUCUACAGUGUGCUGGUAGGGGCCAUUUUCUCUGUCUACAGUGUGCUGGUAGGGGCCUAAGGCCAACUCUUCUUCUCCUCCUCCUUAAUUAUGUGACUGACUGUUGUAACCGGAUGUGUUAAGUUUACACAAUAUGUUUGCUUCUGUCUAAAGGGUUCUGGUAGGGGCCCCCAAGGCCAACUCUUCCUACAGCAGCUCACUCCACACCCCGGGAGCCGUGUUCAAGUGCCGUGUCCACAGCAACCCAGAGAGACGCUGCACGGAGAUGGACCUGGGCAGAGGUCAGUACUGAACCACGAACCACACAGUCACCACGGACCAGAGACUUAUGGAGAACCACUGAACAACCACACAUUAUACUAACCCUAGGACCAGAGCCAUACAGUAGCGUCAUGCCCAUAGGGGGCACAAAGGCAUGUGCCCCCUCAGAUUUGUCCUGUUUUAGAAUUUUUCAGAAUUUCAAUUAAUUACUAAACUUCAAGUUUUAUCAUAAUUAUUUCAAAAAAAAUCUGUCAGCUAUAUUUUGUGAAGGGGGUACACUGACUGGAACAGGCAAAUAGUAAUAUGUAAUACUAGCCACCCAGCAAUUUGAUGAAGUUGGCUUUAGCUAGCCAGCUAGAUAGAUUCCCAAUCUCCCAACCUUAUAACUAGGUACCAAGCCAGUUAGAGUAGCUUGUUUAACAAUCUUAGCUAAAAUAACCUAUGCAUAAAAAUAUAAAAAAAAAUAACGUAUAAUUAGGUGUAAUGAUUAUGGCUCUAGAUUGCAGGAAAAAGCUGUUUCACGUACUUCGUGCCCCAUUUAACAUACAGUGAGGGAAAAAAGUAUUUGAUCCCCUGCUGAUUUUGUACGUUUGCCCACUGACAAAGACAUGAUCAGUCUAUAAUUUUAAUGGUAGGUUUAUUUGAACAGUGAGAGACAGAAUAAGAACAAAAAGAUCCAGAAAAACGCAUGUCAAAAAUGUUAUAAAUUGAUUUGCAUUUUAAUGAGGGAAAUAAGUAUUUGACCCCCUCUCAAUCAGAAAGAUUUCUGGCUCUCAGGUGUCUUUUAUACAGGUAACGAGCUGAGAUUAGGAGCACACUCUUAAAGGGAGUGCUCCUAAUCUCAGUUUGUUACCUGUAUAAAAGACACCUGUCCACAGAAGCAAUCAAUCAAUCAGAUUCCAAACUCUCCACCAUGGCCAAGACCAAAGAGCUCUCCAAGGAUGUCAGGGACAAGAUUGUAUACCUACACAAGGCUGGAAUGGGCUACAAGACUAUUGCCAAGCAUCUUGGUGAGAAGGUGACAACAGUUGGUGCGAUUAUUCGCAAAUGGAAGAAACACAAAAGAACUGUCAAUCUCCCUCGGCCUGGGGCUCCAUGCAAGAUCUCACCUCGUGGAGUUGCAAUGAUCAUGAGAACGGUGAGGAAUCAGCCCAGAACUUCACGGGAGGAUCUUGUCAAUGAUCUCAAGGCAGCUGGGACCAUAGUCACCAAGAAAACAAUUGGUAACACACUACGCCGUGAAGGACUGAAAUCCUGCAGCGCCCGCAAGGUCACCCUGCUCAAGAAAGCACAUAUAUAGGCCCGUCUGAAGUUUGCCAAUGAACAUCUGAAUGAUUCAGAGGAGAACUGGGUGAAAGUGUUGUGGUCAGAUGAGACCAAAAUUGAGCUCUUUGGCAUGAACUCAACUCGCCGUGUUUGGAGGAGGAGGAAUGCUGCCUAUGACCCCAAGAACACCAUCCCCACCGUCAAACAUGAAGGUGGAAACAUUAUGCUUUGGGGGUGUUUUUCUGCUAAGGGGACAGGACAACUUCACCGCAUCAAAGGGACGAUGGACGGGCCAUGUACCGUCAAAUCUUGGGUGAGAACCUCCUUCCCUCAGCCAGGGCAUUGAAAAUGGGUCGUGGAUGGGUAUUCCAGCACGACAAUGACCCAAAACACACGGCCAAGGCAACAAAGGAGUGGCUCAAGAAGAAGCACAUUAAGGUCCUGGAGUGGCCUAGCCAGUCUCUAGACCUUAAUCCCAUAGAAAAUCUGUGGAGGGAGCUGAAGGUUUGAGUUGCCAAACGUCAGCCUUGAAACCUUAAUGACUUGGAGAAGAUCUGCAAAGAGGAGUGGGACAAAAUCCCUCCUGAGAUGUGUGCAAACCUGGUGGCCAACUACAAGAAACGUCUGACCUCUGUGAUUGCCAACAAGGGUUUUGCCACCAAGUACUAAGUCAUGUUUUGCAGAGGGGUCAAAUACUUAUUUCCCUCAUUAAAAUGCAAAUCAAUUUAUAACAUUUUUGACAUGUGUUUUUCUGGAUUUUGUUGUUGUUAUUCUGUCUCUCACUGGUCAAAUAAACCUACCAUUAAAAUUAUAGACUGAUCAUGUCUUUGUCAGUGGGCAAACGUACAAAAUCAGCAGGGGAUCAAAUACUUUUUUCCUUCACUGUACAAAUUACCUCGAUUAACCUGUAUCCCUGCACAUUGUACUAGUACACCCUGUAUAUUGUACCAGUACCCCCUGUAUAUUGUACCAGUACCCCCUGUGGGCUUGUCAAUAUAUUGUACCCACACACACUACAUGGGCUUGUCAACACUGAUAAAAGGCUGCCAGGUAUUCAGACCAUGGCCUGACAUUGUCAGACUGUUCCACCAUAAACCUCACUUGAACCUGGGUUGAACCCAGGUUGUCCCUAUGCCAUAAGACUGUGUUAGCUUGAUGAGCUAAAGCCAAGGCAUUAUCUAAGGGCAGCUAACACAAGUCCUCAGACCUCAAGCAAGGUCAGUCAUCAUGGGAACAUAGAUCAACUUCAGAGCUAGUAGUUAGAACCGUAUUAGAGACUGUCUCUAGGUAUCCCUUUCAUCUGUUGGCUCCCAGAGGUUAGAGCUGUAUUAGAGACUGUCUCUAUGCAUCCCUUUCAUCUGUUGGCUCCCAGAGGUUAGAGCUGUAUUAGAGACUGUCUCUAGGCAUCCCUUUCAUCUGUUGGCUCCCAGAGGUUAGAGCUGUAUUAGAGACUGUCUCUAGGCAUCCCUUUCAUCUGUUGGCUCCCAGAGGUUAGAGCUGUAUUAGAGACUGUCUCUAGGCAUCCCUUUCAUCUGUUGGCUCCCAGAGGUUAGAGCUGUAUUAGAGACUGUCUCUAGGCAUCCCUUUCAUCUGUUGGCUCCCAGAGGUUAGAGCUGUAUUAGAGACUGUCUCUAGGCAUCCCUUUCAUCUGUUGGCUCCCAGAGGUUAGAGCUGUAUUAGAGACUGUCUCUAGGCAUCCCUUUCAUCUGUUGGCUCCCAGAGGUUAGAGCUGUAUUAGAGACUGUCUCUAGGCAUCCCUUUCAUCUGUUGGCUCCCAGAGGUUAGAGCUGUAUUAGACUGUCUCUAGGUAUCCCUUUCAUCUGUUGGCUCCCAGAGGUUAGAGCUGUAUUAGAGACUGUCUCUAGGUAUCCCUUUCAUCUGUUGGCUCCAAGAGGUUAGAGCUGUAUUAGAGACUGUCUCUAGGCAUCCCUUUCAUCUGUUGGCUCCCAGAGGUUAGAGCUGUAUUAGAGACUGUCUCUAGGCAUCCCUUUCAUCUGUUGGCUCCCAGAGGUUAGAGCUGUAUUAGAGACUGUCUCUAGGCAUCCCUUUCAUCUGUUGGCUCCCAGAGGUUAGAGCUGUAUUAGAGACUGUCUCUAGGCAUCCCUUUCAUCUGUUGGCUCCCAGAGGUUAGAGCUGUAUUAGAGACUGUCUCUAGGCAUCCCUUUCAUCUGUUGGCUCCCAGAGGUUAGAGCUGUAUUAGAGACUGUCUCUAGGCAUCCCUUUCAUCUGUUGGCUCCCAGAGGUUAGAGCUGUAUUAGAGACUGUCUCUAGGUAUCCCUUUCAUCUGUUGGCUCCCAGAGGUUAGAGCUGUAUUAGAGACUGUCUCUAGGCAUCCCUUUCACUGUUGGCUCCCAGAGGUUAGAGCUGUAUUAGAGACUGUCUCUAGGCAUCCCUUUCAUCUGUUGGCUCCCAGAGGUUAGAGCUGUAUUAGAGACUGUCUCUAGGCAUCCCUUUCAUCUGUUGGCUCCCAGAGGUUAGAGCUCUAUUAGAGACUGUCUCUAGGCAUCCCUUUCAUCUGUUGGCUCCCAGAGGUUAGAGCUGUAUUAGAGACUGUCUCUAGGCAUCCCUUUCAUCUGUUGGCUCCCAGAGGUUAGAGCUGUAUUAGAGACUGUCUCUAGGUAUCCCUUUCAUCUGUUGGCUCCCAGAGGUUAGAGCUGUAUUAGAGACUGUCUCUAGGUAUCCCUUUCAUCUGUUGGCUCCCAGAGGUUAGAGCUGUAUUAGAGACUGUCUCUAGGUAUUCCUUUCAUCUGUUGACUCCCAGAGGAAGUGACUCGGUCAAUAAAAAAGUGGUCAGAUGAAGCAGAUGCUAAGCUACAGGACUGUUUUGCUACCACAGACUGGAAUAUGUUCCGGGAUUCUUCCGAUGGCUUUGAGGAGUACACCACAUCAGUCACUGGCUUCAUCAAUAAGUGCAUCGAUGACAUCGUCCCCACAGUGACUGUACGUACAUACCCCAACCAGAAGCCAUGGAUUACAGGCAACAUCCGCACUGAGCUAAAGGGUAGAGCUGCCGCUUUCAAGGAGCGGGACUCUAACCCAGAAGCUUAUAAGAAAUCCCGCUAUGCCCUCCGACGAACCAUCAAACAGGCAAAGAGUCAGUACAGGACUAAGAUUAAAUCAUACUACACCGGCUCUGACGCUCGUCGGAUGUGGCAAGGCUUGAAAACUAUUACAGACUACAAAGGGAAGCACAGCCGCGAGCUGCCCAGUGACACAAGCCUACCAGACGAGCUAAAUUACUUCUAUGCUCGCUUCGAGGCAAGUAACACUGAAACAUGCAUGAGAGCAUUAGCUGUUCUGGAUGACUGUGUGAUCACGCUCUCCAUAGCCAAAUUGAGUAAGACCUUUAAACAGGUCAACAUUCACAAGGCUGCAGGGCCAGACGGAUUACCAGGACGUGUACUCCGAGCAUGCACUGACCAACUGGCAAGUGUCUUCACUGACAUUUUCAACCUGUCCCUGACUGAGUCUGUAAUACCAACAUGUUUCAAGCAGAACACCAUAGUCCCUGUGCCCAAGAACACCAAGGUAACCUGCCUAAAUGACUACCAACCCAAAGCACUGACGUCUGUAGCCAUGAAGUGCUUUGAGAGGCUGGUCAUGGCUCACAUCAACACCAUUGUCCCAGAAACCCUAGACCCACUCCAAUUUGCAUAUCGCCCCAACAGAUCCACAGAUGAUGCAAUCUCUAUUGCGCUCCACACUGCCAUUUCAUACCUGGAGAAAAGGAACACUUAUGUGAGAAUGCUAUUAAUUGACUACAGCUCAGCGUUCAACACCAUAGUGCCCUCAAAGUUCAUCACUAAGCUAAGGACCCUGGGACUAAACACCUCCCUCUGCAACUGGAUCCUGGACUUCCUGAAGGGCCGCCCCCAGGUGGAAAGGGUAGGUAACAACACCUAUUCCCCCUAAGGAGACUGAAAAGAUUUGGCAUGGGUCCUCAGAUCCUUAAAAGGUUCUACAGCUGCAGCAUCGAGAGCAUCCUGACUGGUUGCAUCACUGCCUGGUAUGGCAACUGCUCAGCCUCCGACCGCAAGGCACUACAGAGGGUAGUGCGUACGGCCCAGUACAUCACUGGGGCCAAGCGUCCUGCCAUCCAGGACCUCUAUACCAGGCGGUGUCAGAGGAAGGCCCUAAAAAUUGUCAAAGACUCCAGCCACCCUAGCCAUAGACUGUUCCCUCUGCUACCGCACGGCAAGCGGUACCGGAGCACCAAGUCUAGGUCCAAAAGGCUUCUAAACAGCUUCUACCCCCAAGCCAUAAGACUCCUGAACAUCUAAUCAAAUGGCUACCCAGACUAUUUGCAUUGCCCCCCCCCCCCCCCAACCCUCUUUUACGCUGCUGCUACUCUCUGUUUAUCAUCUAUGCAUAGUCACUUUAACUCUACCUGCAUGUUCAUAUUACCCCAAUUACCUGGACUAACCGGUGCCCCCACACAUUGACUCGGUACCGGUACCCCCUGUAUAUAUCCUUGCUAUUGUUAUAUUUACUGCUGCUCUUUAAUUAUUUGUUACUUUUAUUUCGUAUUAUUUUAUAUUGUUUUUUUUGUUUGAUUUUUUGUGGGGGUAUUCUUUCUUAAAACUGCAUUGUUGGUUAAGGGCUUGUAAGUAAGCAUUUCACUGUAAGGUCUACACCUGUUGUAUUCAGCGCAUGUGACAAAUAAAAUUUGAUUUGAUUUUGAUGGGAAAGACGUCCUCUUUGGAACACCAUAUUACAGUCAUUGUUAACACACUGCUGUCUUCUGUACCGCUCCUGCAGGGAAUAAGCCCCGGGAGUCUUGUGGGAAGACGUGCCAGGGAGACAGGGAUGAUGAGUGGAUGGGGGUCAGCCUCGCCCGGCAGGACAAACCCAACGGCAAAAUACUGGUGAGUUCAAAGGUCAAAGUUCACAGUACAGCCCUGAUCAUCUGUUUGAAUCAUCCGUUUCAUCUGUGUAUCCUUAAAUCUGAACUUGCACAUUCCCUUACAUUGGAUUGUCUGGAGGUUGUUUCCACCAUUUUGGAGAAGGGAUGAGAAGAGGGGAGGAGGGUAGAGGAGAAGGGAGGAGGAGGGUGGAGAAGGGUGGAGGAGGGUGGAGAACAGUGGCGGCUCCUGAAAAAAUUCUCAGGAGGGGCAAUUUUUCUGAUGAUUUAGGUGACCUACACACAUUUAAAAAAAGAUAUGUCCAGCAACAACAUGAAGACAGGGGCAGCAUAUAAGUCAAUACCAGAAGCAUUUAUUGACUGAUCUCAAAAGUGUUGGCUUACCAGGGUUGGUGGAGCCCUCAGUUUCAUCUUUGCCUCGCAAAGCUAACUCAAACACUCCGCAAAACUUCACACACUGGAUUAGCCGGCUGAGGAUGUGGCGGUUCUUGCUAAUGUCGUAGUAAAUAUAUUUGUUAUAGUGAAUAUGGAAUAUGAUAUGUUGAGUAAAAUGUUGUGCUAAGAUCUAUUUAGGUCAGGAGCUGGUUAUAAGUUCUGUUCCUAUCCAAUAACAAUGGACAAAAGGGUCCUAUCUUGUCAGCCUUGUCAGCAGGUGGCCAAGGACAACACCCACGCCAUAGGCCUCUCAGUUCUUCCAACUCACGAGUUCUUGCUCUGAGGACACACACACACACAAACACACACACACACACACAUCAUCACUGUUAAACACACACACACACACACAUCAUCACUGUUAAACACACACACACACACACACACACACAAAAAUCCCCUCUCUUAGGCUGAACAUUUGAAGACAGAGAACCCGACUCAGAGCCAAUGCAACAGUGACAGUAGCCUGGAGGGGACCUCGCCCAACUCAUCAGGACCAAUCAGAAGAUCAGAACUACUAGAUUCAACCUACUUAAUUUAUUGCAUAAAAUGUCUGCACACAAUGUUUCGGGGCUCUCUUCAGAUAAUAAUAAUAAUAAUAAUAAUAUGCCAUUUAGCAGACACUUUUAUCCAAAGCGACUUACAGUCAUGCGUGCAUACAUUUUUGUGUAUGGGUGGUCCCGGGGAUCGAACCCACUACCUUGGCGUUACAAGCACCAUGCUCUACCAGCUGAGCUACAGAAAGUGGAUACUCAUGGAUGCGCAUUGCAAUUGUAAAAUGUCAACACAAUUGGAGACACCACGUCAUUUUUGGAGACAUGUUAUUGACAGUAAACUAUUGUAGAUGCGACUGCUAACUAAAUAAAACAUUUUAGCUGGCUAGCUAAUCAUCUUAGCUAAAUGUGGGGCAAACAAUUCAGUUAUUUACCGUUAAUUUGAGGGAUUGGGGUGAAAGAAAUCGAGUUACAUAGUGAUACUUUACGAUAUACUGUAUUGACAAUAUCGCAAUAUUUUAGUGCUAGUUGGCUGUACCUGCACCAAAACACCAUUAUUGUUCCUUCAUAGCUUGUUCUCAAUCUUUUCACAUUGGGAGCCAAUUUGUUUUCAGCACUUUUAUUUCCAUGACUGAUCAAAACUCGUUCUCAUGGCUUUCUGAUCCCUCUGCAACAGACAUAUGGUGCGCAAUAAAAUCACAGUAUCGAAUCGCAAUACGUAUAGAAUCAUGAGACUCGCAAUGCUGAUGCAUAUAUCUUAUCGUGAGGUUCCUGGCAAUUCCCAGCCCAAGUUCAUUUGCCACAACAAAUCUCUUCGCUAGCAAACGCGAUGUCUUCUCCAAAACGGCAAUGUGUCUCCAGCAAUGUUUACUUUUUUGACGUUCUAUGGCAUCUCCACUUUCCAAGCAUAUAUGACCACAUGUAAUAUUUUGGUAAGUGAUGCAAAUAGUGAACUAUGUAGGGCCAGGAUGUAAAAUAUAUGUAGCUGCAGCAAUUUCUCUUAUCUGAUAUGGUAAGUAAUGGGGCUUAAUUUAUAGCUCCCUAAGAGUUUGACGAACGGGUCCGUGAACGCUCCAGUAAACUUGUGAUUAUCAACACUAACCUCAUCGUUGUGGCGGCGGACAGCUAGCCUGUAUCCCUCGUCAUCCAGUUGAGUGAGUGGCAAUGUCUUUUUUCGUUCGUACCAAUUUUUGGAAAAUCCUCGGGUGUAGGACUUUCCGCCUUUAGUAGAAACCUGUUGAAUUAUUAAAUUUGGUCUGGGAGGUCCUAAUUGUUUCGUUGCCAAUGUAUCUUCAUUUGUUCGCCGACAAAAAGGAACUUCUUUCAAACAAUCCGCUCUUUUCUCAGUUACGUUCAUGGUUACGUAACGUAUGACGAAAGCGCGUAAGUGCAAGCCCACAGACACCCAUUGAGAUUGUAUUGAAGGCUCUGAAAUUUGAAAAAAAUUGAUUUUACAUUAGAGGCUAUGACAGACUUCUGGGCGAUUUUCAACCUGACUGAAAUCGCCCCAAAAGGGGGGGGAGCCAUUUGAAGCACGACUUUAGCCUGAUUCGACAUUUAGUGGCAGUGUGGCACUGUGGCAGAUCAGACGUAUAGAUUACAACACUGAUAACUACUGUUGCCGUGAUAUAAUUGAUUAGAAAAAAAAUCCCUUCCUUUUCCCGUUUGGCAGUGCGUCGCCCAUAUCGCCCUAUUGAACAGGCCGCCCCUGGUGGAGAAGGGUGGAUAAGGAGGUAGGAGGAGGUUGGAGAAGGGAUUAGGAGAGUGGAGGAGAAGGGAGGAGAAGGGAGGUGGAGAAGGGUGGAGUCUCUGUUGUAUUUGUUAUUUCCAAUAACAGAGAACAAUAACAGAAAACAAUAACUGAAAACCUAGUUACUUCAGCUAUUGUUUCACAUAAAACAUGUAUGCUUGCAAAAGCUGCCAGGUUUAAACCACUAUCAUUGUUACAAAUGUCUUUCCAUUAACCAUAUACUUAAACCCCAGCUGUUCCUAACAUAUAAAUGCUCUCUAACAGGCAAAAGCAUUUUCCCUCCAUUCUUUGGUUUUCAAGUAGAGGCACAUGUUUUUGGCAACGCUGCAUGAUUGUUUUGAAUUGGAUAAGUGGACACAACUUAAUUCCAAAUAAUUUACUUAUACGGCACGGCGACUGUGUAAGUACUCAUUUAGUUGUUUAUUUUUGGAUUUCCUUCUUUGUUUAAUUCUGUUUUAUUUGUGAGCUUUUGUGUGUGUGUUUGUGCGGCUGUGCGUGUGUGUGGCUGUGCGUGUGUGUCUGUGUGCAUGUGCGUGAGACGUGCAUGUAAUAAUCUAUGUUUUCUUGUGAUGGUUAUUGUCGUAGAUUGCUGUGAACCAUGCAUGCCGCUAUCAUUCUGUUAGCAGUUGAAGUUAAAAACACCUAUUUAAUCUUAAAGUAAUCAACAGACCAACUAUUUGUAGUAGUAAUGUCUAAAGUGUUAGUAUGGCUGUGGAUUUUCACUUCAGGGUCUCUAUUUGGAGCUUCACUCCCAGAUCAGAGGGCAGCUGGCUGGGUAUAUUUAGGCUUCAGUCCCUGGCCCCUCCACGGUGGUCGUCUCCUAACCUUACUUUCAUGAAGUGUUAACUCCUGCAGCCUGCAGAGGGUGAUGAAGGAACCAAGCCUCUCUCUUUGGCCCUAAAGCCUGUCUCUGGCCCUGGGGGACAUUACAGGACCCUGAAGCCUGCCUCUGGCCCUGGGGGACAUUACAGGGCCCUGAAGCCUGUCUCUGGCCCUGGGGGGCAUUACAGGGCCCUGAAGCCUGUUUUUUGCCAUGGUCAUUCUCCAUUUCAAUGCUUCCAUUAUCUGUUCAUUGCAGAGGGAGUAUAUUGGCAUAAUGUUCAAACCACUUCCAAUGGUUAUUAUUCAUCAUUCACCUUAUCCCUUGAAAGAACCUUUAAGUAUUUAACAUUUUGUUUUCCCUUACAGAUCGUUUAUAGAUGUUCAUCUAACUAUCAACCUGACCCUAACUCAAGUUGUUGCUUAUCAACAGAGUUUCAGUUGAUAGUUUGUUGAUAGUUUCAGCAUCUGUAGAGCAUCUGUAAAAGGAUUAAUCAAAUAAAGUGAUACAAAAACAAUGGAGUGGCAGUUUGUCCAAGUAGUUGAUGUAAACUGUCCAUCAGGUUUGGUGAUAACAGAAAGGUAGUGAUGUUCAGGAGCCAUGUGUCCCUGUAGAUGCCUGCUGACGUUUGUUUUUAUCUCAUCUGAAUGGACUCAGUGACUCACGCUUCUCUGCAAGAGGAGAGGACCGGCUGCUUGGCUGUAUGCAUCAAACAAGCGAGUGCUGGUCUAGGAUCAGUUUUGUAUUUCAAAUCACAAUGAAUAAGAUUACAUGGACAGGGGGUACCUGAUCUUAGAUCAGCGCUUCUACUCUGAUAUGUUUGAUACAUACAGCCCCUGAGCUACAGUUAUUUCAUCUGUGUGUUACUGAAGGAAGGCCUAAAGUUUAACCAAUCAGCUGUCUUUAACUGAAGGCCUAAACCAAUCAGCUCUCAGACAGGACAGUAGCAUGUAUGACAAUGGAACAGCUCCAUAUUUUGGUCUCUGAUCCUGGUAUAAUCUACUGGUACUUUGGAGCGAGCAGGCAUACUGCUUGUGUUCAAGUACUGUUGGAACAUCAAUAGUACUGCUAGCGUUGUAGGCCAGACUGCUCUGCUAGUGCUGUAGGUCAGACUGCUAACGCUGUAGGCCAGACUGCUCUGCUAGCGCUGUAGGCCAGACUGCUCUGCUAGCGCUGUAGACCAGACUGCUCUGCUAGUGCUGUAGGCCAGACUGCUCUGCUAGUGCUGUAGGCCAGACUGCUCUGCUAGUGCUGUAGGUCAGACUGCUAACGCUGUAGGCCAGACUGCUCUGCUAGUGCUGUAGGUCAGACUUCUCUGCUAGUGCUGUAGGUCAGACUGCAAACGCUGCAGGCCAGACUGCUCUGCUAGCGCUGUAGGCCAGACUGCUCUGCUAGUGCUGUAGGCCAGACUGCUCUGCUAGUGCUGUAGGUCAGACUGCUAACGCUGUAGGCCAGACUGCUCCGCUAGCGCUGUAGGCCAGACUGCUCUGCUAGCGCUGUAGGCCAGUCUGCUCUGCUAGUGCUGUAGGCCAGACCGCUCUGCUAGUGCUGUAGGCCAGACUGCUCUGCUAGUGCUGUAGGUCAGACUGCUAACGCUGUAGGCCAGACUGCUCUGCUAGUGCUGUAGGUCAGACUUCUCUGCUAGUGCUGUAGGUCAGACUGCAAACGCUGUAGGCCAGACUGCUCUGCUAGCGCUGUAGGCCAGACUGCUCUGCUAGUGCUGUAGGCUAGACUGCUCUGCUAGUGCUGUAGGUCAGACUGCUAACGCUGUAGACCAGACUGCUCUGCUAGCGAUGUAGGCCAGACUGCUCUGCUAGUGCUGUAGGUCAGACUGCUAACGCUGUAGGCCAGACUGCUCUGCUAGCGCUGUAGGCCAGACUGCUAUGCUAGUGCUGUAGGCCAGACUGCUCUGCUAGUGCUGUAGGCCAGACUGCUCUGCUAGUGCUGUAAGCCAGACUGCUCUGCUAGUGCUGUAGGUCAGACUGCUAACGCUGUAGGUCAGACUGCUAAUGCUGUAGGCCAGACUGCUCUGCUAGCGCUGUAGGCCAGACUGCUCUGCUAGCGCUGUAGGCCAGACUGCUCUGCUAGUGCUGUAGGCCAGACUGCUCUGCUAGUGCUGUAGGUCAGACUGCUAACGCUGUAGGCCAGACUGCUCUGCUAGUGCUGUAGGUCAGACUUCUCUGCUAGUGCUGUAGGUCAGAAUGCAAACGCUGUAGGCCAGACUGCUCUGCUAGCGCUGUAGGCCAGACUGCUCUGCUAGUGCUGUAGGCUAGACUGCUAACGCUGUAGACCAGACUGCUCUGCUAGCGCUGUAGGCCAGACUGCUCUGCUAGUGCUGUAGGUCAGACUGCUAACGCUGUAGGCCAGACUGCUCUGCUAGCGCUGUAGGCCAGACUGCUAUGCUAGUGCUGUAGGCCAGACUGCUCUGCUAGUGCUGUAGGCCAGACUGCUCUGCUAGUGCUGUAAGCCAGACUGCUCUGCUAGUGCUGUAGGUCAGACUGCUAACGCUGUAGGUCAGACUGCUAACGCUGUAGGCCAGACUGCUCUGCUAGCGCUGUAGACCAGACUGCUCUGCUAGCGCUGUAGGCCAGACUGCUCUGCUAGCGCUGUAGGCCAGACUGCUCUGUUAGAGAUUUAGGCCAGACUGCUCUGCUAGCGCUUUAGGCCAGACUGCUCUGUUAGCGCUUUAGGCCAGACUGCUCUGCUAGCGCUGUAGGCCAGACUGCUCUGCUCUAAAACACAUCACUCUUUCUCAACACAGCCAUCCUUCUGCCAGACAGUCAUCUGAAGUCCCUCUAUGUCCACAAUCUGAUGCACAACUCUUCUACCUGCUUCAAAUGGCUGUGUAACAGACUGGAGUGUGGGUGUGUGGGUGUGUGGGUGGGUGGGUGCGGAAAAGCCUCAAGAACAUAACUGUCUGGGAAUACGGUGCCAUUUGGCGCACAGUCUAAAGUAUGACCAUAUUUCUGUGGCAUUAUUUGUGCAAAGAAGCUUGGAGGCCGUUGCCAUAGUUUCCUAUUUCCUUACACACACACACAUCCAAAUCACAAGAGGCUAAAUUAUUCUUUGAGGAAUACUGUCAACGUGCUAUAUUAAUGAAGAAAACAACUUUCUGGGACCGGAGGGAUUUUUACUUCCUAUUCCCACUCCCACAAUAGAAACGGAGGAGAAGAGGAGUUCACUUCUUCUAUUUACUGUGUGCUGUUUACCUUUGUAUCACAAACAUUGAGUUGUUUAAAAAACUGCACUAUAAAGUUUUGAAUGUCAGUUGAAUUCACUUCUUUUGGGGAUUUUCUUGAUUGUGAUUUACAGUGCUUGUCUAUUUACCUCUGUGAGUUUGUUCCACAAUGGGCUGCUUGAACUCAUUGCACUCUGGAGCAUCAUGUCCUCUUUGUGUUCAUAGCCCAGAGAAAGAUUACAGUAGAGAACUGUUAGAACUCAGUUAUUACAGUAGAGAACUGUUAGAACUCAGUUGAGGGCCAUUACAGUAGAGAACUGUUAGAACUCAGUUGAGGAGCAUUACAGUAGAGAACUGUUAGAACUCAGUUAUUACAAUAGAGAACUGUUAGAACUCAGUUAUUACAAUAGAGAACUGUUAGAACUCAGUUAUUACAGUAGAGAACUGUUACAACUCAGUUAUUACAGUAGAUAACUGUUAGAACUCAGUUGAGGGGCAUUACAGUAGAGAACUGUUAGAACUCAGUUAUUACAGUAGAGAACUGUUAGAACUCAGUUGAGGGGCAUUACAGUAGAGAACUGUUAGACCUCAGUUAUUACAGUAGAGGACUGUUAGAAUUCAGUUGAAGGGCAUUACAGUAGAGAACUGUUAGAACUCAGUUAUUACAGUAGAGAACUGUUAGAACUCAGUUGAGGAGCAUUACAGUAGAGAACUGUUAGAACUCCGUUAUUACAAUAGAGAACUGUUAGAACUCAGUUAUUACAGUAGAGAACUGUUAGAACUCAGUUAUUACAGUAGAUAACUGUUAGAACUCAGUUGAGGGGCAUUACAGUAGAGAACUGUUAGAACUCAGUUGAGGGGCAUUACAGUAGAGAACUGUUAGAACUCAGUUAUUACAGUAGAGAACUGUUAGAACUCAGUUAAGGGGCAUUACAGUAAAGAACUGUUAGAACUCAUUUAUUACAGUAGAGAACUGUUAGAACUCAGUUGAGGAGUAUUACAGUAGAGAACUGUUAGAACUCAGUUAUUACAGUAGAGAACUGUUAGAACUCAGUUAUUACAGUAGAGAACUGUUAGAACUCAGUUAUUACAGUAGAGAACUGUUAGAACUUAGUUAUUACAGUAGAUAACUGUUAGAACUCAGUUAUUACAGUAGAAAACUGUUAGAACUCAGUUGAGGGGCAUUACAGUAGAGAACUGUUAGAACUCAGUUAUUACAGUAGAGAACUGUUAGAACUCCGUUAUUACAGUAGAUAACUGUUAGACUCAGUUAUUACAGUAGAGAACUGUUAGAACUCAGUUAUUACAGUAGAGAACUGUUAGAACUUAGUUAUUACAGUAGAGAACUGUUAGAACUCAGUUAUUACAGUAGAUAACUGUUAGAACUCAGUUGAGGGGCAUUACAGUAGAGAACUGUUAGAACUCAGUUAUUACAGUAGAGAACUGUUAGAACUCAGUUGAGCAUUACAGUAGAGAACUGUUAGAACUCAGUUGAGGGGCAUUACAGUAGAGAACUGUUAGAACGCAGUUAUUACAGUAGAGAACUGUUAGAACUCAGUUAUUACAGUAGAGAACUGUUAGAACUCAGUUGAGGGGCAUUACAGUAGAGAACUGUUAGAACUCAGUUAUUACAGUAGUGAACUGUUAGAACCCAGUUGAGGGGCAUUACAGUAGAGAACUGUUAGAAUUCAGUUGAGGGGCAUUACAGUAGAGAACGGUUAGAACUCAGUUAUUACAGUAGAGAACUGUUAGAACUCAGUCAUUACAGUAGAGAACUGUUAGAACUCAGUUAUUACAGUAGAGAACUGUUAGAACCCAGUUGAGGGGCAUUACAGUAGAGAACUGUUAGAACUCAGUUAUUACAGUAGAGAACUGUUAGAACUCAGUUAAGGGGUAUUACAGUAGAGAACUGUUAGAACUCAGUUAUUACAGUAGAGAACUGUUAGAACUCAGUUAUUACAAUAGAGAACUGUUAGAACUCAGUUAUUACAGUAGAUAACUGUUAGACUCAGUUAUUAUAGUAGAGAACUGUUAGAACUUAGUUAUUACAGUAGAGAACUGUUAGAACUCAGUUAUUACAGUAGAGAACUGUUAGAACUCAGUUAUUACAGUAGAAAACUGUUAGAACUCAGUUAUUACAGUAGAUAACUGUUAGAACUCAGUUGAGGGGCAUUACAGUAGAGAACUGUUAGAACUCAGUUGAGGGGCAUUACAGUAGAGAACUGUUAGAACUCAGUUAUUACAGUAGAGAACUGUUAGAACUCAGUUAAGGGGCAUUACAGUAAAGAACUGUUAGAACUCAUUUAUUACAGUAGAGAACUGUUAGAACUCAGUUGAGGAGUAUUACAGUAGAGAACUGUUAGAACUCAGUUAUUACAGUAGAGAACUGUUAGAGCUCAGUUAUUACAGUAGAGAACUGUUAGAACUCAGUUAUUACAGUAGAGAACUGUUAGAACUUAGUUAUUACAGUAGAUAACUGUUAGAACUCAGUUAUUACAGUAGAAAACUGUUAGAACUCAGUUGAGGGGCAUUACAGUAGAGAACUGUUAGAACUCAGUUAUUACAGUAGAGAACUGUUAGAACUCCGUUAUUACAGUAGAUAACUGUUAGACUCAGUUAUUACAGUAGAGAACUGUUAGAACUCAGUUAUUACAGUAGAGAACUGUUAGAACUUAGUUAUUACAGUAGAGAACUGUUAGAACUCAGUUAUUACAGUAGAUAACUGUUAGAACUCAGUUGAGGGGCAUUACAGUAGAGAACUGUUAGAACUCAGUUAUUACAGUAGAGAACUGUUAGAACUCAGUUGAGGGGCAUUACAGUAGAGAACUGUUAGAACUCAGUUGAGGGGCAUUACAGUAGAGAACUGUUAGAACGCAGUUAUUACAGUAGAGAACUGUUAGAACUCAGUUAUUACAGUAUAGAACUGUUAGAACUCAGUUGAGGGGCAUUACAGUAGAGAACUGUUAGAACUCAGUUAUUACAGUAGUGAACUGUUAGAACCCAGUUGAGGGGCAUUACAGUAGAGAACUGUUAGAAUUCAGUUGAGGGGCAUUACAGUAGAGAACGGUUAGAACUCAGUUAUUACAGUAGAGAACUGUUAGAACUCAGUCAUUACAGUAGAGAACUGUUAGAACUCAGUUAUUACAGUAGAGAACUGUUAGAACCCAGUUGAGGGGCAUUACAGUAGAGAACUGUUAGAACUCAGUUAUUACAGUAGAGAACUGUUAGAACUCAGUUAAGGGGUAUUACAGUAGAGAACUGUUAGAACUCAGUUGAGGCGUAUUACAGUAGAGAACUGUUAGAACUCAGUUAUUACAGUAGAGAACUGUUAGAACUCAGUUAUUACAAUAGAGAACUGUUAGAACUCAGUUAUUACAGUAGAUAACUGUUAGACUCAGUUAUUACAGUAGAGAACUGUUAGAACUCAGUUAUUACAGUAGAGAACUGUUAGAACUCAGUUGAGGGGCAUUACAGUAGAGAACUGUUAGAACUCAGUUGAGGGGCAUUACAGUAGAGAACUGUUAGAACUCAGUUAUUACAGUAGAGAACUGUUAGAACUCAGUAGAGGGGCAUUACAGUAGAGAACUGUUAGAACUCAGUAGAGGGGCAUUACAGUAGAGAACUGUUAGAACUCAGUUAUUACAGUAGAUAACUGUUAGAACUCAGUUGAGGGGCAUUACAGUAGAGAACUGUUAGAACUCAGUUGAGGAGCAUUACAGUACAGAACUGUUAGAACUCAGUUAUUACAGUAGAGAACUGUUAGAACUCAGUUAUUACAGUAGAGAACUGUUAGACCUCAGUUAUUACAGUAGAUAACUGUUAGAACUCAGUUGAGGGGCAUUACAGUAGAGAACUGUUAGAACUCAGUUGAGGGGCAUUACAGUAGAGAACUGUUAGACCUCAGUUAUUACAGUAGAUAACUGUUAGAACUCAGUUGAGGGGCAUUACAGUAGAGAACUGUUAGAACGCAGUUAUUACAGUAGAGAACUGUUAGAACUCAGUUAUUACAGUAGAGAACUGUUAGAACUCAGUUGAGGGGCAUUACAGUAGAGAACUGUUAGAACUCAGUUAUUACAGUAGAGAACUGUUAGAACCCAGUUGAGGGGCAUUACAGUAGAGAACUGUUAGAAUUCAGUUGAGGGGCAUUACAGUAGAGAACGGUUAGAACUCAGUCAUUACAGUAGAGAACUGUUAGAACUCAGUCAUUACAGUAGAGAACUGUUAGAACUCAGUUAUUACAGUAGAGAACUGUUAGAACCCAGUUGAGGGGCAUUACAGUAGAGAACUGUUAGAACUCAGUUAUAACAGUAGAGAACUGUUAGAACUCAGUUAAGGGGUAUUACAGUAGAGAACUGUUAGAACUCAGUUGAGGCGUAUUACAGUAGAGAACUGUUAGAACUCAGUUAUUACAGUAGAGAACUGUUAGAACUCAGUUAUUACAAUAGAGAACUGUUAGAACUCAGUUAUUACAGUAGAUAACUGUUAGACUCAGUUAUUACAGUAGAGAACUGUUAGAACUCAGUUAUUACAGUAGAGAACUGUUAGAACUUAGUUAUUACAGUAGAGAACUGUUAGAACUCAGUUAUUACAGUAGAGAACUGUUAGAACUCAGUAGAGGGGCAUUACAGUAGAGAACUGUUAGAACUCAGUUGAGGGGCAUUACAGUAGAGAACUGUUAGAACUCAGUUAUUACAGUAGUGAACAGUUAGAACUCAGUAGAGGGGCAUUACAGUAGAGAACUGUUAGAACUCAGUUAUUACAGUAGAGAACAGUUAGAACUCAGUAGAGGGGCAUUACAGUAGAGAACUGUUAGAACUCAGUUAUUACAGUAGAGAACUGUUAGAACUCAGUUGAGGGGCAUUACAGUAGAGAACUGUUAGAACGCAGUUAUUACAGUAGAGAACAGUUAGAACUCAGUUGAGGGGCAUUACAGUAGAGAACUGUUAGAACUCAGUUAUUACAGUAGAGAACAGUUAGAACUCAGUAGAGGGGCAUUACAGUAGAGAACUGUUAGAACUCAGUAGAGGGGCAUUACAGUAGAGAACUGUUAGAACUCAGUUAUUACAGUAGAGGACUGUUUGAACUCAGUUGAGGGGCAUUACAGUAGAGAACUGUUAGAACGCAGUUAUUACAGUAGAGAACAGUUAGAACUCAGUAGAGGGGCAUUACAGUAGAGAACUGUUAGAACCCAGUUGAGGGGCAUUACAGUAGAGAACUGUUAGAACUCAGUUAUUACAGUAGAUAACUGUUAGAACUCAGUUGAGGGGCAUUAAAGUAGAGAACUGUUAGAACUCAGUUGAGGAGCAUUACAGUAGAGAACUGUUAGAACUCAGUUGAGGAGCAUUACAGUACAGAACUGUUAGAACUCAGUUAUUACAGUAGAGAACUGUUAGAACUCAGUUAUUACAGUAGAGAACUGUUAGAACUCAGUUAUUACAGUAGAGAACUGUUAGAAUUCAGUUGAGUGGCAUUACAGUAAAGAACUGUUAGACCUCAGUUAUUACAGUAGAUAACUGUUAGAACUCAGUUGAGGGGCAUUACAGUAGAGAACUGUUAGAACGCAGUUUUUACAGUAGAGAACUGUUAGAAUUCAGUUGAGUGGCAUUACAGUAGAGAACUGUUAGACCUCAGUUAUUACAGUAGAUAACUGUUAGAACUCAGUUAUUACAGUAGAGAACUGUUAGAACUCAGUUAUUACAGUAGAGAACUGUUAGAAUUCAGUUGAGUGGCAUUACAGUAGAGAACUGUUAGACCUCAGUUAUUACAGUAGAUAACUGUUAGAACUCAGUUGAGGGGCAUUACAGUAGAGAACUGUUAGACCUCAGUUAUUACAGUAGAUAACUGUUAGAACUCAGUUGAGGGGCAUUACAGUAGAGAACUGUUAGAACUCAGUUGAGGGGCAUUACAGUAGAGAACUGUUAGAACUCAGUAGAGGGGCAUUACAGUAGAGAACUGUUAGAACUCAGUUGAGGGGCAUUACAGUAGAGAACUGUUAGAACUCAGUUAAGGGGCAUUACAGUAGAGAACUGUUAGAACUCAGUUAUUACAGUAGAGAACUGUUAGAACUCAGUUAUUACAGUAGAGAACUGUUAGAACUCAGUAGAGGGGCAUUACAGUAGAGAACUGUUAGAACUCAGUUGAGGGGCAUUACAGUAGAGAACUGUUAUAACUCAGUUAUUACAGUAGAGAACAGUUAGAACUCAGUAGAGGGGCAUUACAGUAGAGAACUGUUAGAACUCAGUUAUUACAGUAGAGAACAGUUAGAACUCAGUAGAGGGGCAUUACAGUAGAGAACUGUUAGAACUCAGUUAUUACAGUAGAGAACUGUUAGAACUCAGUUGAGGGGCAUUACAGUAGAGAACUGUUAGAACGCAGUUAUUACAGUAGAGAACAGUUAGAACUCAGUUGAGGGGCAUUACAGUAGAGAACUGUUAGAACUCAGUUAUUACAGUAGAGAACAGUUAGAACUCAGUAGAGGGGCAUUACAGUAGAGAACUGUUAGAACUCAGUAGAGGGGCAUUACAGUAGAGAACUGUUAGAACUCAGUUAUUACAGUAGAGAACUGUUUGAACUCAGUUGAGGGGCAUUACAGUAGAAAACUGUUAGAACGCAGUUAUUACAGUAGAGAACAGUUAGAACUCAGUAGAGGGGCAUUACAGUAGAGAACUGUUAGAACCCAGUUGAGGGGCAUUACAGUACAGAACUGUUAGAACUCAGUUGAGGAGCAUUACAGUACAGAACUGUUAGAACUCAGUUAUUACAGUAGAUAACUGUUAGAACUCAGUUGAGGGGCAUUAAAGUAGAGAACUGUUAGAACUCAGUUGAGGAGCAUUACAGUAGAGAACUGUUAGAACUCAGUUGAGGAGCAUUACAGUACAGAACUGUUAGAACUCAGUUAUUACAGUAGAGAACUGUUAGAACUCAGUUAUUACAGUAGAGAACUGUUAGAACUCAGUUAUUACAGUAGAGAACUGUUAGAAUUCAGUUGAGUGGCAUUACAGUAAAGAACUGUUAGACCUCAGUUAUUACAGUAGAUAACUGUUAGAACUCAGUUGAGGGGCAUUACAGUAGAGAACUGUUAGAACGCAGUUUUUACAGUAGAGAACUGUUAGAAUUCAGUUGAGUGGCAUUACAGUAGAGAACUGUUAGACCUCAGUUAUUACAGUAGAUAACUGUUAGAACUCAGUUAUUACAGUAGAGAACUGUUAGAACUCAGUUAUUACAGUAGAGAACUGUUAGAAUUCAGUUGAGUGGCAUUACAGUAGAGAACUGUUAGACCUCAGUUAUUACAGUAGAUAACUGUUAGAACUCAGUUGAGGGGCAUUACAGUAGAGAACUGUUAGACCUCAGUUAUUACAGUAGAUAACUGUUAGAACUCAGUUGAGGGGCAUUACAGUAGAGAACUGUUAGAACUCAGUUGAGGGGCAUUACAGUAGAGAACUGUUAGAACUCAGUAGAGGGGCAUUACAGUAGAGAACUGUUAGAACUCAGUUGAGGGGCAUUACAGUAGAGAACUGUUAGAACUCAGUUAAGGGGCAUUACAGUAGAGAACUGUUAGAACUCAGUUAUUACAGUAGAGAACUGUUAGAACUCAGUUAUUACAGUAGAGAACUGUUAGAAUUCAGUUGAGUGGCAUUACAGUAGAGAACUGUUAGACCUCAGUUAUUACAGUAGAUAACUGUUAGAACUCAGUUGAGGGGCAUUACAGUAGAGAACUGUUAGAACUCAGUAGAGGGGCAUUACAGUAGAGAACUGUUAGAACUCAGUUGAGGGGCAUUACAGUAGAGAACUGUUAGAACUCAGUUAAGGGGCAUUACAGUAGAGAACUGUUAGAACUCAGUUAUUACAGUAGAGAACUAUUAGAACUCAGUUGAGUGGCAUUACAGUAGAGUACUGUUAGAACUCAGUUGAGGGGCAUUACAGUAGAGAACUGUUAGAACUCAGUUGAGGGGUAUUACAGUAGAGUACUGUUAGAACUCAGUUGAGUGGCAUUACAGUAGAGUACUGUUAGAACUCAGUUGAGGGGUAUUACAGUAGAGUACUGUUAGAACUCAGUUGAGUGGCAUUACAGUAGAGUACUGUUAGAACUCAGUUGAGUGGCAUUACAGUAGAGUACUGUUAGAACUCAGUUGAGGGGUAUUACAGUAGAGAACUGUUAGAACUCAGUUAUUACAGUAGAGAACUGUUAGAACUCAGUUGAGUGGCAUUACAGUAGAGUACUGUUAGAACUCAGUUGAGGGGCAUUACAGUAGAGAACUGUUAGAACUCAGUUAUUACAGUAGAGAACUGUUAGAACCCAGUUGAGGGGCAUUACAGUAGAGAACUGUUAGAACUCAGUUGAGGGGUAUUACAGUAGAGAACUGUUAGAACUCAGUUAUUACAGUAGAGAACUGUUAGAACCCAGUUGAGGGGCAUUACAGUAGAGAACUGUUAUAACCCAGUUGAGGGGCAUUACAGUAGAGAACUGUUAGAACUCAGUUGAGGAGCAUUACAGUAGAGAACUGUUAAAGGCUUUUCACAAUACUGAACUGAGCCGAACCAAGCUGUACUGAGCUGGCCUGGUUAUGCAUCCACUGCAGGUGCUGGAACUGUGCUGAAAAUGACAUGUGUAAAGAAGAAAUACCCCUGCCUAUGAAGUUUGGUUCUGGACAGCAGUGUGAAACGAGUACUAGGAAGGAACUCAGGAUGUUAUUAUGAGAACUGUUAGGAACCCAGGAUGUUAUUAUGAACAUUAUGAGAACUGUUAGGAACCCAGGAUGUUAUUAUGAACAUUAUGAGAACUGUUAGGAACCCAGGAUGUUAUUAUGAACAUUAUGAGAACUGUUAGGAACCCAGGAUGUUAGUAUGAACAUAUUAUGAGAACUGUUAUUUUGGAAGCAGGGAUGUUCUUUAGCUAGCUUGAACCAAGCUGCACUGAACUGGCCUGGUUACACAUCCAUCAUAGUUGCAGUUUGGUUCAAUAGUAUGAAAAGAGACCUAGGAAGUAAGUAAAAUGUAAAUAUGACAGUGUUAGGAGUUAGGUCUAACUAGGAGUUAGGCUCUCCUCCCACCACAUAGAAAAUUGCUGUUUUGGAAGCAGGGGUUGUUCUUAAGCUGAUGUUUGGAUAUUCACACCACAGACCAAUGUGAUGAGGGCCGUCAGAUAUUCACACCACAGACCAAUGUGAUGAGGGCCGUCAGAUAUUCACACCACAGACCAAUGUGAUGAGGGCCGUCAGAUAUUCACACCACAGACCAAUGUGAUGAGGGCCGUCAGAUAUUCACACCACAGACCAAUGUGAUGAGGGCCGUCAGAUAUUCACACCACAGACCAAUGUGAUGAGGGCCGUCAGAUAUUCACACCACAGGGCCAUAAUGGUCACAGGUGGCUGUGCUUUCAUCCCCCUUCUCUCAGAACAGUUAAUUUGGCAGCUACAGAGACAGUGGCUGCUUCCCAAGUGGAACCCUAUUCGAUAUAGUGCAGUACUGUUGACCAGGGCCCAUAGGGCUGCCAUUUGGGAUGCAUCCACACGGACUCCAGCUCUCAUAAUACACAGUCUGUCCUGUCUUAUUUGUGGAUAUCAAGUUAAAUAAGAAGUGUUAUGUUUAUUGAGUAAAUUAAUCCGUAUGAUAUAAUUAACAAUAUUUAAUUGUGUCUCUUCAAGUGUUUUUGGAUGGACAUCAUUGGUUAAAGUGUGUGGGGGUUUGAUGGAGUGGGUGUGCGCGUGUGCGUCCUCUUGUCUGUCUGUCCUGCCGUCUGUCUGUCCUUUCAUCUGUCCUUUCUGCUCUGUUAUCUCAGAAUAGGCCAGCAGAUCCAGUCACACCUGAGAUAGACGCCACGUCUCUCUGUCUGUUAGUGUCUGUGUGUCUGUCUCUGUGUUCUGACUGUGCCUCUCCUCAUGUGUCUGAUGCAGGCCUGUGCCCACCGUUGGAAGAAUGUCUUCUAUGACUCUGAGCAUAUCCUACCCCAUGGUUACUGUUCCAUCAUCCCUCCUACGCUACAGGGCCGGACCCAAGCCCUCAUCCCCUGCUACGAAGGUACAGUAGUACACACAAACACACACACACACACACCAACCAACUCUACAGGGCAGGACCCCAGCCCUCAUCAACCUGGUAUGAAGGUACGGUAAUGUUCUCAAUCUUUUUUUGUUACUGUACCCCUAAUUAUAUUUCGCUCUGCCUGAAGUACCCCCUCAUGAACGACUGAUCAUUAGGUCUAUUUUCUCCUGAGUUUUCCAAAGUACCCCCUUUAUAAGCCACUUACUCUGAUGGAUACUAGUACCCAAGGUUGAGAAACACAGCUUUAUACUUCAGGAUUAGAUCAAAUAAUGUAGAAACAUGUCCUUUUUGGUUAACUAUAGUAUCUUCAGAACCCUUUGACUUUUUCUACGGUUUGUUGUGUUACAGCCUGAAUUUAUCUGUAAGGUCCCUCAGUCGAGCAGUGGCUUGGGGCUGGGGAGUGGAGGGAGAGGUUUUUUCCGGGGGCGGGGACUGUGGGGGGCAUCUCGGAUGGUUGAGGGGCAGCUCUCUGGGAACUGUGGGGGGAUCUUGGAUGGUUGGUGGCCUGGUGGUUGGGAGCUUGGGCCGGUGGCCGAUAGGUCGCUGGUUCGGGUCCCCGAUUUGACUUGAUGGGAGAUCUGUCGACGGGUAUAAAUAAAAAAAGCAGAUAUUGAAUAUCCCUUGGGAGCAUGGUGAAGUUAUUUUGGAUGGUGUAUCAAUACACCCAGUCACUACCUAACUCAGUUGCCGGAGAGGAAGGAAACCGCUCAGGGAUUUCACCAUGAGGCCAAUGGUGACUUUAAAACAGUUACAUAGUUUAAUGGCUGUGAUAGGAGAAAACUGAGGAUGGAUAAACAACAUUGUAGUUACUCCACAAUACCAACCUAAAUGAGAAGGAAGCCUGUACAGAAUAAAAAUAUUCCAAAACAUGCAUCCUGUUUGCAAUAAAGCACGAAAGUAAAACUGCCAAAAAAUGUAGCAAAGAAAUUAACUUUUGUCCUGAAUACAAAGUGUUAUGUUUGGGGCUACUGAGUACCACUCUCCAUAUUUUCAAGCAUGGUGGUGGCUGCAUCAUUUUAUCGGUAUGUUUGUCAUUGGCAAGGACUAGAGAGUUUAUGAUAAAAAUAAACAGAAUAGAGCUAAGCACAGGCAAAAUCCUAGAGGGAAACCUGGUUCAGUCUGCUUUUCAACAGACGCUGGAGACAACCUUUCAGCAGAAUAAUAACCUAAAACACAAGGUCUAAAAUAGAGUGCAUUCGGAAAGUAUUCAGACCCCUUCACUUUUUCCACAUUUUGUUACGUUACAGCCUUAUUCUUAAACAGAUUAAAUUAUUUUUUUCCCCCUCAUCAAUCUACACACGAUACCCCAUAAUGACAAAGCAAAAACUGGUUUUUAGAAAUGUUUGCAAAUGUAUUACAAAUAAAAACCGGAAAUAUUACAUUUACAUAAGUAUUCAGACCCUUUACUCAGUACUUUGGCAGCGAUUACAGCCCCAAGUCUUCUUGGGUAUGACGCUACAAGCUUGGCACACCUGUAUUUGGGGAGUUUCUCCCAUUCUUCUCUGCAGAUCCUCUCAAGCUCUGUCAGGUUGGAUGGGGAGCGUCGCUGCACAGCUAUUUUCAGGUCUCUCCAGAGAUGUUAGAUCGGGUUCAAGUCCGAGCUCUGGCUGGGCCACUCAAGGACAUUCAGAGACUUGUCCCGAAGCCACUCCUGCGUUGUCUUGGCUGUGUGCUUAGGGUCAUUGUCCUUUUGGAAGAUGAACCUUCACCCCAGUCUGAGGUCCUGAACGCUCUGGAGAAGGUUUUCAUCAAGGAUCUCUCUGUACUUUGCUCCUUUCAUCUUUCCCUCAAUCCUGACUAGUCUCCCAGUCCCUGCCGCUGAAAAACAUCCCCACAGCAUGAUGCUGCCACCACCAUGCUUCACCGUAGGGAUGGUGCCAGGUUUCCUCCAGACGUGACGCUUGACAUUCAGGCCAAAGAGUUCAAUCUUGGUUUCAUCAGACCAGAGAAUCUUGUUUCUCAUGGUCUGAGAGUCUUUAGGUGCCUUUUGGCGAACUCCAAGCGGGCGGUCAUGUGCCUUUUAGUGAGGAGUGGCUUCCAUAUGGCCACUUUACCAUAAAUUGCCUGAUUGGUGGAGUGCUGCAGAGAUGGUUGUCCUUCUGGAAAGUUCUCCCAUCUCCACAGAGGAACUCAGGAGCGCUGUCAGAGUGACCAUCGGGUUCUUGGUCACCUCCCUGACCAAGGCCCUUCUCCCUCGAUUGCUCAGUUUGGCCAGGCGGCCAGCUCUAGAUAGAGUCUUGGUGGUUCCAAACUUCUUCCAUUUAAUAAUGAGGGAGGCCACUGUGUUCUUGGGGUCCUUCAAUGCGGCAAAAAUGUGUUGGUACCCUUCCCCAGAUCUGUGCCUCGACACAAUCCUGUCUCUGAGCUCUACGGACAAUUCCUUCGACCUCAUGGCUUGUUUUUUGCUCUGACAUGCACUGUCAGCUGUGGGACCUUAUAUAGACAGGUGUGUGCCUUUCCAAAUCAUGUCCAAUCAAUUGAAUUUACCACAGGUGGACUCCAAUCAAGUUGUAGAAACAUCUCAAGGAUGAUCAAUGGAAACAGGAUGCACCUGAGCUCAAUUUCAAGUCUCAUUGCAAAGGUUCUGAAUACUUAUGUAAAUAAUGUUUUUCUGUUUUAAUAAAUGUGCACAAAUGUCUAAAAACGUGUUUUCGCUUUGUCAUUAUGGUGUAUUGUGUGUAGAUAGGUGAGAAUUUUUUUUAGAAUAGGGCUUAAUAACGUAAUCAAACGUGGGAAAAGUGAAAGAGUCUGAACCCUUCCCGAAUGCACUGUACACUGGAGUUGCUUACCAAGACAACAUUAAAUGUUCCUGAGUGGCCUAGUUACAGUUUUGACUUAAAUCAGCUUGAAAACCUAUGGCAUGACUUGAAAAUGGCUGUUUAGCAAUGAUCAACAACCAACUUGACAGAGCUUGAAGAAUUUUAAAAAGAAUAAUGUGCAAAUAUUGCACAAUCCAGGUGUGCAAAGCUCUUAGAGACUUACCCAGAAAGACCCACAGCUGUAAUUGCUGCCAAAGGUGAUUCUAGCAUGUAUUGACUCAGGGGGUUGAAUACUUAUCUAAUCAAGAUAUAUUAGUGUUUUAUUUUUCAUACAAUUAUUUUACAACUGUUAGAAUUUUUCUUCUACUUUGACAUUACAGAUUAUGUUGUGUAGAUCAUUGACAAUUAAAUCCAUUUUAAUCCCACUUUGUAACACAAAAAAGUCAAGGGGUGUGAAUACUUUCUGAAGGCACUGGACAAUGGCUGCAUACAGACAGACAGUAAUGUAAUGGUUACUGCACAGUAACUUUCCAUGAAGACACAGACUGAAGUUUACUGAGUUUAUAAUGAGGAUGAGGUGGAGAGGGUUUGUGUGUUUAACCUGUGUCUGUGUGUGUGUGUGUGUUUAUGUUGUGUAUACCCUCGGCCCGGGUUAGACAGUGCAGGGAGUUUAUCAUGGCACACGUUCUCUCCAGGUCUCACAAUGAGUUAUAGACUUACACGCAUGCAUGUGCACACACACACACACACACACACAGACACACACACCAGACCACUGACUGACAUCCUGGCUUUAAAGGACUAGCUAAGAGCCUUGAAGUGUUCUCUCUCAAACCAACUCAAGAGAGAAAUAUGAGCUCAGUCUGGCAGGACCCAACACCUGGAGCUUCCACGGACACACACUAUGCUGCUAAAGGAUAGAAUAUUACACACACACGCACAUAAACACACACACAUUCACACUUCGCUAUGCUGCUAAAGGAUAGAAUAUUACACACACACGCACAUAAACACACACACAUUCACACUUCGCUACGCUGCUAAAGGAUAGAAUAUUACACACACACGCACAUAAACACACACACAUUCACACUUCGCUAUGCUGCUAAAGGAUAGAAUAUUACACACACACGCACAUAAACACACACACAUUCACACUUCGCUACGCUGCUAAAGGAUAGAAUAUUACACACACACGCACAUAAACACACACACAUUCACACUUCGCUAUGCUGCUAAAGGAUAGAAUAUUACACACACACGCACAUAAACACACACACAUUCACACUUCGCUAUGCUGCUAAAGGAUAGAAUAUUACACACACACGCACAUAAACACACACACACAUUCACACUUCGCUAUGCUGCUAAAGGAUAGAAUAUUCCACACACUAACCAGGUUUCCAUCCAAAGUACAUAUCGGAUAAAAAAUGUCAUGACAACAGGCCUGAUGGAAACAGAACAUUUUUCUGUGAACUUUCCAAAUGUCGACAAAACAAAAUACGCUAGACAAGGUGGAAUCUUUUUGUGUCUGUAAAAUGAAAUAUGCGAGAAAUGUCGUACGCUUUUAUGCGCAAAUAUUGAUAUAAUAACCAUGAUAUCGAAGUACACUUGAAGUCACACAAUGAUAUUGUGAGGUCCUCCCACUACGACUCAGGAAAGCAUGCAGUUUAUUAGGCUACAGAGGAAAUAAGUUAUGAUGAACUUCACAGGGUGGUAAAAGUGCAAGGUGAUGAGCUUGAUGCUCCUUUCCAAUAAAUAUCUAGGGUUUAUUCUGGUGACAUGAUGAUCGAUGCUUGGCUGCCGUUUGACAAAUAAAAAUAAUAUUGGAAAUGCGAUGGAAACCUAUUUAACUUGUGAAUUAUAUUUGGUAAGUGGGAAUUUAACCGCAAAAUAUAUUUUUAUGUGCACUACGUCAUCACGCAGUCUUUUAUCUGCAACACGUCAAUUUGAUGGAAACAUCUCUGGUGGGAAUAUAUUGUUUUUAUGCAGAUUUUUGUAUUCGCAUGAAAAUCUGUAGCCAAUUGGAUUGAAACCUAGCUAGUGUUUAGGUCCAGCCAAGUAAGGUAGAGAUGUAGGAAUGUAUAUUCCCUCCAUAGGCGAAAUUGCCACGGGAUGGGGGAACAUAGCUAUUUGAUGCUAGCCAGUAACUCCUCUAGUAUGUGUUGACGUCAUUUCACCAGAUUGGAUGGAAGCUGUAGAGAUCUGUAUUGGAUGGAAGCUGUAGAGAUCUGUAUUGGAUGGAAGCUGUAGAGAUCUGUAUUGGAUGGAAGCUGUAGAGAUCUGUAUUGGAUGGAAGCUGUAGAGAUCUGUAUUGGAUGGAAGCUGUAGAGAUCAGUAUUGGAUGGAAGCUGUAGAGAUCAGUAUUGGAUGGAAGCUGUAGAGAUCAGUAUUGGAUGGAAGCUGUAGAGAUCAGUAAGAAAUGGCACUUCUAUAGCCAAAUAUCUUAGUCAUCAAUUUGUUUGGUUUUUAAGCAAGAAUUGACCUGGUAUGAUGGUGCAUUGAUCAGUUAUACAGUUUAAAGCCGUUAUUUGUGCGUUUUGGCCCAAAAUCAACUGUCCAGUGAUUCCAGAUUUCUAUGAAAUAUGACCUAUAAUUAAAAUAAUUAAUUAAUGUUAAAAAGCAGCUUUUCUGUGUUGGAAUGGGGUGGGCAUAUACCGGUCAAUAAAAAUAUAUAAAUGCAAGUAGACUGCUGAUUGGCCAGCUCAUCCUCCUCAGGAGGAUGACAUAAUCAUUUAUGAGGAAAUAGCAUGCAUUUGUUAAAUGUUCUGUUUGAGAUGGGGUUUUUGAUGAGUUUUUUUCUCUCUCCAAUUUAUGCUUUGGCCACAAAUACGAGUAUAGGAUGAGUCAACAGCAUUAUUUGGGUUUGAGUUAACAGAAUAUUAACUUUUAAAAGUGAGAUAUUCCCCUAACUAUUUACUUUAAAACUACAAUAUUUUCUCUCAGCCUCAUGGCAAAAUGUGUAGAGUAGCAAGAAAUUAGCUUUAAAACUGCUAAAUGUUUUCUCAUACUCAUGGCAAAAUGUGAAGAAUAGCAUGAGAUGAGCUUUAAAACAACAAAUGUUUCUCUCUGUCCCAUGGCAAAAUGUGUAGAAUUGCAGAAAAUGUGCUUUAAAACUGCAACAUUUUCUCUGACUCAUGACAAAAUGUGUAGAAUAGCAUUAUAAAACUGCAACAUUUUCUCUGACUCAUGACAAAAUGUGUAGAAUAGCAUUAUAAAACUGCAACAUUUUCUCUGGCUCACGACAAAAUGUGUAGAAUAGAAUUAUAAAACUGCACACGUUUCAAAAUACCCCUCCAUCCAAACACCCCUCAAGAGAGGCAUAGUAAGUCAUGUCAAACUAUGUAGAAUUGCAAGAAAUGCAAUUCCUAAUCCCCUCCAAUAUCUACACCCCAAUUUCACCCUUGAUUCCUUCUGAAAUGUUUUCUUUAGGAAACAGUUAGAUUAAGAGGUGGGAGACAUGGAGGAAGCUGUGUUGGCCUGGUGUUUUUCAAGAAUAUUUGCGGAAUUUAUGAAUUUAUGAAACUUUUUUUAGCCAGUCGAGUCAGGAACAAUAUUCAUAUUUAUAAUGACGGCCUGGUAGCAAGAGGCAGACUGGGGCCAAUUUUCACAUAGCGUCUUAAAGAAGGAGUGGUAGGAGUGGUGAUCUUGGAUAUUCAUUAUUAUCUAAAAUGCAGAACUGAUCCUAGUUCAGCACUCCUACUCUAAGACCCUUUGUGAAUAGGGGCCCAGAUACAAUAGGGUAUCCGUUACCUACUUCCCUAUUUUACGAUGUUAGGAGGUACAGCCUGGGACCACCCUCUUUUACCAUGUGUUAGGAGGGAUACAGAUUAUGAUCAAUCAAAUCCAUAUGCCUUACUGUUUAAAUUGGUCAACAGUCAGGUUUCUCUGCCCUCAAAGUAAUGUAUAGGCCUUGUACAUUUUAACACAAUGAAGGUGGUUUGAAAAGUAUCUAUAGAAAAGCAUUUACCUAGCAUGUCCUGUACAAGUAUUUUGAACUGCAUCCGAAAUGGCACCCUAUUCCCUAUAUAGUGCACUACUUUUGACCAGGGCCCUAUGGGUCGGGACCAAAAGUAGAGCACUAUAUAGGGAAUAGGGUGCCAUUUGGAAGUCAGACCAUGAUUUAAUGAAAUGAUUUGUUUUGAUUCAGCAAGUUUCUUUUUCAAAGGAAGGCAGGCCUUUAUUUGGCUCGCAGGUUGAGAUGUUUUACUUUCUUCCUUUCUGCAUUUGCCGCCAAUCACACGGAGCCACUCCUGCCAAGCAGCUACACACACACACACACACACACAGAAACACACAUACACAGAAACACACACACACAGAUAGAAACACACACACACACACAGACAGAAACACACACACACACACACACAGAAACACACACACACACAGAAACACACACACACACACACAGAAACACACACACUCAGACACACAGAAACACACAGAAACACAAACACACACACACACAAACACACAUAAACCCACAUACACAGUUCAGCUAGGCCUCACAUGGGGCCAUGUGAUUCUUACAAAUCCAAGCCCAAUAUUGUUCUUUAACAAGAGAGUGUCGUCGUCCCCAUAGAUUGCCCCCCCCCCCCCCCCCCCCCCCCCCCCCCAUAGAGGCAGAGUUCCCCCUCCAAGAGGCAGUGUCGUCGUCCCCCCCCCCCCCCCCCCCCCCCCAUAGAGGCAGAGUGUGUGUCCCCAAGAGGCAGUGUCCCCCCAAGUUUGAGUUUUUGUUGAACGUGGCCUUACUCUGUAGUUUAUCUGCGUUCCAAAUGGCACCCUAUCCCCUACAUAGUGCACUACUUUAGACCAGGACCCAUAGGGCUCUGGUCAAAAGUAGUGCACUAUAUAGGGAAUAGGGUGCCAUGUGGGACAAAGGCGAACUUUCUUCUCCCAGAUUCUUACUUGGCCGGCGCUGAAGACUUUGACUAGCUCUAUAUGGAAUGCAGGGAGAAGUGGAGUAUAAAUGGCUCAGGUACACAGCCAAAUCAUCCGUGGUUUGUUUUUCUUUGCAGACUAUAAGCAGAAGUAUGGGGAAGAGCACGGCUCGUGCCAAGCGGGGAUGGCAGGCGUUUUUACUGAGGUCAGUAGCAGUCUCCUCUUCUAAUACAUGGUACUGCUCUGUGGGGCUGCUGUUAUCAAGGGCUGUUUGGAGGCUGCUCUUUCAGUUUGGGAUAGCUUUUAAUGGUAGAGAAAACACAUGAGCACACACACACACACACACACCAGACACACACACACACCAGACACACACACACCAGACACACCAGACACACACACACCAAACACACACACCAGACACAGACACACACACACACACCAGACACACACACCAGACACACACACACACACACACCAGACACACACACACACACACACACACCAGACACACACACCCAGACACACCUACAGACGACAGUCAUACUGCUAUGAAGCUGCUAUUCUUCUGUUUGGGUUCUGUUUUCAAGGCUGGGCUAUCAGCAGCCUUCAACGUCAGCUUUGGAUAAAGGUCAUCACACGAUCUGCCCGGUAUUACUCCAAUAUAGUGAGUGAAUGAGAAUUUACCAGACUUAACCUCUCUGAUACACUCUAGGCCUUGUUCCUCCCAUAAAGGGAUAGGAUCAGAAGGAAAUCAAAAUGUAUUUUGCCUUAACAGCAGAAACAUGGCUAUCUGUAUUUUUAUUGUACCUUUAUUUAACUAGGCAAGUCCGUUAAGAACAAAUUCUUAUUUACAAUGACGGCCUACACCGGCCAAACCCGGACGACGCUGGGCCAAUUGUGCGCCGCCCUAUGGGACUCCCAAUCACGGCCGGUUGUGAUACAGCCUGGAAUCGAACCAGGGGAUCUGUAGUGAUGCCUCAAGCACUGAGAUGCAGUGCCUUAGACCGCUGCGCCACUCGGGAGCCCAGUCAAACCCUAUGUUCUUCCAUUCACACAUCCUUUUCCUCAGUCUGAUUUCUCCAGGUGUCACGUACGUUGAUGAACGGGUCAGACCAAGGCGCAGCGUGAUAUGCAUACAUGUUUAUUUGAACCGAAUAAACAACAACAAAACAAUAAACGAAACGAAACGUGAAGUCCAAGGUACACAAACAACAUACCUCACACGGAACAAGAUCCCACAACCCACUAGUGCCAAUAGGCUGCCUAAGUAUGGUCCCCAAUCAGAGACAACGAGCGACAGCUGCCUCUGAAUGGGAACCACACCGGCCAACAUAGAUCUAGACAUACAAGACAAUAACAUAGAUCUACACCACAUAGAAAAUACACACCCUGACUCAACAAAUAAGAGUCCCCAGAGUCAGGGCGUGACAGUACCCCCCCCCCCCCCCCCCCCCCCAAAGGUGCGGACUCCGACCGCACAACCUUUACUUAACAGGGUAGGGGCCGGGUGGGCAUUCCGCCUCGGAGGCGGAUCCGGCUCCGGGCGUGACAACCACCUAUUCUCCGCCUCCCUGUUGCGCCCCUGGUCUGGUCUGGACCUCGGCGUGCUGCUUCCCCUCUCCUUCCUCCCACUAUACUCCAAGCCCUGUCUGGACCCUGGUGUGGGAGACCCCGAACCUGGAGAGGGGCUGACGUCUGGGUCUGGACUGGAGCCGCUGACCGGAGCUGGACGGCACCGGUGGAGCGGACUGCUCAGGCUCCGGACUGGAGCCGCUGACCGGAUCUGGACUGGACCCCGGUGGAGCGGACUGCUCUGGCUCCGGAGUGGAGCCGCUGACCGGAGCUGGAUCAGGCACCGGUGGAGCGGACUGCUCUGGCUCCGGAGUGGAGCCGCUGACCGGAGCUGGACUGGACCCCGGUGGAGUGGACUGCUCUGGCUCCGGAGUGGAGCAGCUGACCAGAGCUGGAUCAGGCACCAGUGGAGCGGACUGCUCUGGCUCCGGACUGGAGCAGCUGACCGGAGCUGGAUCAGGCACUGGUGGAGCGGACUACUCUGGCUCCGGACUGGAGCUGCUGACUGGUACCAGACAAGGCACCGGUGGAACGGGCACGGGCCGUGCCGGACUGGACUCACUCACCACUGGUCUGGUGCGAGGAGCAGGCACGGGCCGAACUGGACUAGGAACAUGCACCACUGGCUUGGUGCGAGGAGCAGGAACAGGCCGGGCCGGACUGGCGACACGCACCACUGGCUUGGUGCGAGGGACAGGAACAGGCCGGGCCGGGCUGGCGACGCGCACCACUGGCUUGGUGCGAGGUACAGGAACGGGCCGGACCGGACUACGAAGGCGGACUGGAGGUCUGGAGCGGAGAGCUGGCACAACCCGUCCUGGCUGGCUGCCCACUUUCGCACUACACGUGCGCACUGGGCUGUGCACGCGUACCCUGCGAUACAGCUCGUAGAACUGCCGCAGGAUAUGCAGGACCGAGGAGGCGUACUGGAGACCAGGAGCGUUGAGCCGGCACACCCCGUCCUGGCUGGAUGCCCAUCUUCGCACGGCACGUGCGUGGUGCAAGCACAGGACGUACAGGACUGUGCCGGCGCACUGGCAACACAGUACGUAGCUCCGCAUAACACGGAGCUUGCCCAGUCAUACGCCUUCUCGCGUGAGUACGGGGAGUUGGCUCUGCUCUAACCCUAGGCUCCGCCAACCACCCCGUGUGCCCCCCCCAAUUUGUUUUAUUGGGGCUGCCUCUCUGGCUUUUUCCUUGACCGGCCUCCUCCGUGUUGCCGUUGCUCCUCUCCUGCCUGGGCAUCUACCUUAGCCCAUGGUCCUUUCCCCGCAAAUAUCUCUUCCCAUGACCACAAUUUGCCCACCUGUGACAUGGCCCUUCGCUCCGCCUGGGCACGCUGCUUGGUCCUCGUUUGGUGGGAUCUUCUGUCACGUUCGUUCAUAAACGGGUCAGACCAAGGCGCAGCGUGAUAUGCAUACAUGUUUAUUUGAACCAAAUAAACAACAACAAAACAAUAAACUAAACGAAAUGUGAAGUCCAAGGUACACAAACAACAUACCUCACACGGAACAAGAUCCCACCACCCACUAGUGCCAAUAGGCUGCCUAAGUAUGGUCCCCAAUCAGAGACAACGAGCGACAGCUGCCUCUGAUUGGGAACCACACCGACCAACAUAGAUCUAGACAUACUAGACAAUAACAUAGAUCUACACCACAUAGAAAAUACACACCCUGACUCAACAAAUAAGAGUCCCCAGAGUCAGGGCGUGACACCAGGCUAUUUGCACAAGAUGUGUUUUCUUCAGAUAAUUAAAUACUGGAGUGUGGUUAGGCUCACAUGCUCACAGUGAGUUACUAAGUUACAUUAGCUUGUUAACAUCUCCUGACCUGGAGUGUGGUUAGGCUCACAUGGUCUCAUGUCACCCCACUCCUCCGCACACUCCACUGGCUUCCAGUUGAGGCUUGCAUCUACUACAAGACCAUGGUGCUUGCCUACGGAGCCUUGAGGGGAACGGCACCUCCUUACCUCUGAUCAGACCCUACACCCAAACGAGGGCACUACGUUCAUCCACCUCUGGCCUGCUAGCCCCCCUACCUCUACGGAAGCACAGUUCCCGCUCAGCCCAGUCAAAGCUAUUCGAUGCUCUGGCACCCCAAUGGUGGAACAAGCUCCCCCACGACGCCAGGACAGCGGAGUCACUGACCACCUUCCGGAGACACUUGAAACCCUACCUCUUUAAGGAAUACCUGGAAUAGUAUAAAAGUAAUCCCCCCCCCCCCCCCCCCUCCCCUCUCCCCCACCAAAAAAAAAAAGUGGUUGUCCCCACUGGCUAUCCUAAGUUGAAUGCACCAAUUUGUAAGUCGCUCUGGAUAAGAGUGUCUGCUAAAUGACGUAAAUGUAAAUGUUUAACACUUGACCACAAUGGCUGCAUCCCAAAUGACUCCCUAUUCCAUAUAUAGUCACUACUGACCAAGGUCCAUAGCUCUCUGGUCAAAAUUGGUGCACUAUAUAGGGAAUAUGGUGCCAUUUGCGACACAGCCAUGCUCUUUGUACGGAGUCUGUGCUUUGAUGGAGUGAUAUAAGGACAUUUACAUUUUAUAUUUAAGUCAUUUAGCAGACGCUCUUAUUCAGAGCGACUUACAGUUAGUGAGUGCAUACAAGUACUGCCAGUCCAUUAAAGUGUGAUCCAGUAAUUUGACUUAUUAAGUUAAUUGCUGAACAGUCUACUGUCUGUCUGUCUGUCUGUCUGUCUGUCUGUCUGUCUGUCUCUGUCUCUCUGUCUGUCUCUCUGUCUGUCUCUCUGUCUGUCUCUCUGCCUGUCUCUCUGUCUGUCUCUCUGUAUCUCUGUCUGUCUCUCUUUCUGUCUCUCUGUCUCUCUUUCUGUCUCUCUGUGUGUCUGUGUGCCCAGACAAGAGCAGUGUUCUGUUCUAUUCUGAUCAGACACUGGAACAUAAAUUAACCAACAUCACCACCAUUACCUUACCUGACAGACCAGUAGCAGUUCCAAGCCCUGAACCAAGUCCGUCUUUCAAAUUGCUGAGCUGUCUGUGUGCUCAGAGAAGUGUUCCCAUCUGAUCAGCAUCACCUAGUAGCAAUAGUGCCCAGAACCCAAGUCCUUCUUUCAAAUCAGUUCAGACCACAGACCAUCAUUUCACUCUGCACCCCAUACCGUAGGGAAUCUAGUCUGGAAUCUAAACUGCACCCUGUGGGGAAUCUUAGCCUGGCGUCCAGCCUGAAUAUCACUCUGUUUCACUUUACAGAUUCAGUCUGAAACCACUUCAAUAGACAGGUACUUGGACCGUCUAGAUGAGAAAGUAUUCCGUCUGGAUUCCAGGCUAUGGGGAAUCCACAUCAUAUGAGACCUUUGCAUAGUGCAAGUCUGGAUUCCAGGCUAUGGAGAAUCCACAUCAUAUGAGACCUUUGCAUAGUGCAAGGCUGAAAAUGUUUAAAGAAUGCGCACAGAGUAGAAAUACAGAUGAGCAUCCAAGUUGCAUGUCAGGAUUGUGUUAAAAGAAGCUCGGGGGGGGGGUUGUUGGACUCAACAAUGGAGUUGUCUGAACAAAGGAGCAAAAGAUCAUCACGUUUUCCACUGCAGAAUAUCAAUAGACCGACUAGUGAAGAGCUGUCAAAGACUCUUGGACAACGUUUCUGUACAUAGUGUCAGAAUCUGAAGAAUGUUAGAUAUAAUAGACAGCUGUUGUUCUGAACCUUUUGUCUAUGAACUGUAGUUCAUGUUCUUAGUAUUCCAGUAUUUCACAGAUGUGUGACAGCAGGUGGACAACAUUAUGACAUUCUAAAAUUAAGUGAGAGCUGGAUGACAACAUUCUGACAUUCUAAAAUCAAGUGACAGCAGGAGGUCAACAUUCUGACAUUCUAAAAUCAAGUGACAGCAGGAGGACAACAUUCUGACAUUCUAAAAUCAAGUAACAGCAGGAGGUCAACAUUCUGACAUUCUAAAAUCAAGUGACAGCAGGACAACAUUCUGACAUUCUAAAAUCAAGUGACAGCAGGAGGUCAACAUUCUGACAUUCUAAAAUCAAGUGAGAGCUGGAUGACAACAUUCUGACAUUCUAAAAUCAAGUGACAGCAGGAGGUCAACAUUCUGACAUUCUAAAAUCAAGUGACAGCAGGAGGACAACAUUCUGACAUUCUAAAAUCAAGUAACAGCAGGAGGUCAACAUUCUGACAUUCUAAAAUCAAGUGACAGCAGGACAACAUUCUGACAUUCUAAAAUCAAGUGACAGCAGGAGGUCAACAUUCUGACAUUCUAAAAUCAAGUGACAGCAGGAGGUCAACAUUCUGACAUUCUAAAAUCAAGUGACAGCAGCAGGACAACAUUCUGACCUUCUGAAAUCAAGUGACAGCAGGAGGACAACAUUCUGACAUUCUGAAAUCAAGUGACAGCAGGAGGACAACAUUCUGACAUUCUAAAAUUAAGUGACAGCAGGAGGACAACAUUCUGACAUUCUGAAAUCAAGUGACAGCAGGAGGACAACAUUCUGACAUUCUGAAAUCAAGUGACAGCAGGAGGACAACAUUCUGACAUUCUAAAAUCAAGUGACAGCAGGAGGACAACAUUCUGACAUUCUAAAAUCAAGUGACAGCUGGACAACAUUUUGAUGUUCUAAAAUCAAGUGACAGCAGGAGGACAACAUUCUGACAUUCUGAAAUCAAGUGACAGCAGGACAACAUUCUGACAUUCUAAAAUCAAGUGACAGCAGGAGGACAACAUUCUGACAUUCUAAAAUGAAGUGACAGCUGGACAACAUUCUGACGUUCUAAAAUCUAGUGACAGCAGGAUGCGUCUGACGUUCUAAAAUCUAGUGUGACCAUCAGAUGAAGGACUGACUGACCAAUCAACUUCAUAUGUUUGUUGGUUUACUUCCUGACUAGAUACAUUCUUGUCAUUCAUUAUACUUUUUGUAUUGUAACUUUGUUGGGUCGACUGUGUGAGAGACAGGGAGUCAAUAUGGUGUGUGGUCAUGUCAGGAGCUGGUGGUGAUGGUGUGUUUGUGGUUAUGUCCAGGAGCUGGUGAUUAUGGGAGCUCCAGGAUCAUACUAUUGGACAGGAACAGUCAAGGUCUACAACCUGUCCUCCAACACGUUCUACAACCCCAACAAAGUAGACGUCGACUCACACAGAUACAGCUAUCUA